CAUUUAUCAGUUAGAUACGGUGGGAAACUUACACGUGUAAUAAUAAGUUAUUAGGAAGAAGGCAAUAUGGCUGUAGAGCGGAACUCUGAGGUAGCCCCAGAAAAACACCAUUUGACCGAAACUCAGGACUAUAAAGCUGGUUGGUCGUUCUACUUGGUGUUAGCAGGCGUCGUCACCUCGUUGGGUUCAUCGCUGCCAGUCGGAUUCAAUAUUGGAGUUGUUAACACCCCCGCUGAUCUCAUAAAACAAUUCUGCAACGAAAGUUUCGUGUCCCGCUACGACAUCGCACUGAGCAACACGUGGAUGAACGUGCUUUGGGCGUCUAUAGUGUCUAUGUUCACAAUCGGUGGAUGUACCGGAUCCAUAAUCGGUUCAGUUAUCGCUGACAAGUUUGGCAGGAAAAAGGCGGCGAUAUUAACAAACGUGCUGUCCAUCGCCGGCGCUACACUAUUCCUGUUUUGCCGGGCCGCAAACUCCGUGGAAAUGCUGAUCAUUGGUAGAUUGCUUGUCGGCUUGUCAGGAGGGUUAACGACCAGUAUAGUGCCGAUGUAUGUGGCUGAACUGUCGCCAGCAGCGUUGACGGGCGCCAUGGGCGUGGUAUGUCCCAUGGGCAUCAAUUUUGGAGUGCUUGUCGGUCAACUAAUGGGACUCGAUUUCAUAUUGGGUGGAGUUGACGACUGGCCCUACCUCCUAUCGGGAUAUGCGUUGCUUGUCAUAGUAAGCUUACCGGUGCUGUGUAUACUGCCCGAAAGCCCAAAGUACCUCUUCGUGAUUCAAAGAAACGAAGCAGCUGCCAUUAGUGAAUUAAGUCGACUUAGAGGCGUAUCACCCAGCGCACUAACGUCGGAAUUAGAAUUAUUACGAAAAGAAGCUCGAAGUGAGACAAGUGCUGAACAUUGGAGUAUGAUGAAGGUCCUCCGGGAACCGAAGCUGCGUCUGCCUUUACUCCUAUCGUGUUCCAUGCAAGCCGGACAACAGACUAGCGGGAUCACUGCGGUGUUCUACUACUCGCAGACGAUCUUCCGGCAGGCGGGGCUGUCGGCGCAGCGGGCGCAGUACGCCACCAUCGGCUCGGGCGCCAUCAACGUGUGCACGGCGGCGCUCAUGCUGCGGCUACUGCCGCGCGCCGGCCGCCGCCCGCUGCUGCUGGCCUCCGUGCUGGCGGCCUCUCUGCUGCUGGCGACGCUGGCUGCCGCUUUACUGUUCAUUGACACAGCGUCGUGGAUGCCGUACGUGAGCAUGAGCGCUCUUUUGGCUUUCGUUUUAGUCUACGGUUUAGGACUUGGCCCGAUACCAUUUUUUAUCGCUUCGGAGAUGUUCGAGGUGGCGCCGCGGCCCGCGGGCAUGGCGUGGGGCUCGCUCGCCAACUGGGGGGGCAACUUCCUGGUGGGCAUGGGCUUCCCCACCAUGCGUAACGUCAUCGGCCCCUACUCCUUCCUGCUUUUCUCCGCCUUCACUAUGGGGCUGUUUUUGUUCACAAAGUUCUAUUUCCCGGAAACUCGCGGAAAGACACCGACGCAAGUUGCUCAACUGUGCAGCCGCGGGUUACGAUCCCGACCGUUGACAACGGCCACUGCUAAACACAUUUUGUGACGUAACAAAUAACUGUCAAGUUGUAUUUAAUGAAAACGAAUAAAAAAAUAAAAGAAAUAUUAAACG